AUGGCGCAGCGCUUGCAGCUGUGGCGGCGCCGCAUAUGCGCUUACAAGAAGUCUUGGCAUAUUGCCGCCCUUGCCUUCACUGCGGCCGUGUAUGGGUUAGCACUUAAAGGAGUCGACGGUUCCAGAAAGCUCACGACCGCUUCCUGGCAGGAAAUACUGGACAACUUCUAUCCCGACCAAAACAGCAAUGCCAUGCGCCUUGCGGAGCGCGAAGUGGUUCCAAACUGGGAUGCAACGAUGCAGGCAGAUGAUGUCACGAAAGCCCUCAAUGCAUUUCAGACAUUCUGUUGGUUCAAGCAUGGCAUGGAUGACCAUCUUCCCUUCUUGUGGAAAUGUGACAUCAGAGAUGUGAACGUGGAGCUGGUGGAAGAUGGACUUAGCCCUCUGGAUCCUGAGAUGAACUGUUCGGCGGCCUUCGUCGAGAGUCACAUUGUUCAUGGUGAUGAUCCUCGGUGCGUGCCCUGGGGAGAGAACUCCCUUCCGUCACUUUCCUUGAAUGUGGACCCCAUGUUCGACGAGUAUGAGGUGCACUCCUCAAGUCCGAUGUUUGCGCCACUUCAAGAUGCACUGUCAGACAUGGGGCAGCGCUUAGCAGCCAUCGAAGCUCGCUUGAAGAUACCUGCAUCAACGACUAGCCGCCCGUCUUCUUGCGAGGCGAUUGCAAAAGGCUGCUGGCACAAACAGAAUGCGAGCACAACACUUCCGGACGAUUUUCCAUGCUCCUGCUUCGACAACUCUGGUAAUCCCAUCAGCACCUGCCGAAAUCACCAUUGGGGGUUAGUGCAGCUCUGCCAGCCCUCUCGACUUAGAGUGACAUUCUUGAUCUUCCAGAAGAUGCCACCUCGUUUGCGCCAAGGGUCAGACAAAUUCGUGGAGUGGUUUUUUGUUCAGAUGGAUUUUGCCAGAAUAGCGGCCACGAAGAAUGCUGGAAGCGGAUUGUACCGGAGUCAUUUGUGGCUUCAUGAAGAGAGGAUGGUGGAUGUCAUGCUGGGCGGAAGCCUUGUCUUAGAUGGGCUACUGGUCCCGUGCGUGGUCUUAUCCUUAGUAUGGUUCAUUGGUCAGGCCCUUGGGUCUUUCAUCUUCUAUCUGCCUCGAAAUCUAUGUGCUUUUUUGGCUCUCAAGAGAGAGGAGCAGGAGGCUCAGACCCAGAUCACGUUGCACGUUUUCCAAGAGCAUCUCAGUCGAUGCCUUGUCGGCAGAACGUCCCGUUUGCAGCACGUCAACCACUUUGAAGCAAUUAUGGAAAUCAUCGUCAGCAUUUUCAUGGUUGCAGGAAUUGUUCGGAGCAUCUUCAAUGGCGGCGACCACUGCGCUAUACAAGAUUGCUCUCAUCAUUCUGUGUUGGAGCGGUUAAUUGAAGUUUCGUACGUCGUUCUCCUGGAUGAUGAUGAAUGCCACGGCACAGCCUGGGUCCUCCUCUAUAUUACCAUCGUUUUUGCUUGCCUAUCCUUAGUUGAUCGAUUUCGUUGGCUGCCCAGCGUCAUUUUGCUCUGUGCGGCGCGGCUCGCAUCCUUUCUGCUGGCCUAUAGCCUGCUGCUCUGCGGCGCUGGUGUCUUCAUGUUCUUGGCGUUUGGCCCACGCUACAUUCAGUUUUCUUCGCCCUUCCGUUCCUGCUCGGAGCUCUUCUUUCUCACCUGCGGCAUGCCCAUCUCCGCAUUUGACAACAUACGCCCCUUCCAGGAUUCCCACUCAUUCGAGGUUGCGUUUGCACUCGCCCUCUACUGUUUAUUUAUGUCCAUCAUUGGCCUCAACUUCUUCACUACGAUUAUACUUGAUGCCUAUGUUCAAGCCCGUGAUGCGAGUGCAGCAGAUGAGCAGCUUCGGCUGAUGGGCGACGACUUUUGUCGCAGCUUAAUGCAGGUACUGGGGCUGGGACAAGAAGACUUGUCCGAUCGAUCAGCCGGUCCCAGCCGGUCGGCGUCGAUCAGCGAGGCAGACGAAGCUGAACUGCAAGAGGCCUUCAUGGCUUCUGAGGGGUGA